CUAGCGCUGUUUGUGUACGAGAGGAGUUUGAAACCGUCAGUUAGGGCCACAGAUUUGGGUCAGUGACAGGCUUUUUAUUUUUUUAUUUUUACAACCAUUUGCUGUCAAUGUGUAUUUGACGCUAUUGAAGAAUUUGCGACCUUACGGUGAUUUGUUUUGUUUUUGGAGAUGGGACAGACUUAGACUAUAAAUAGCCUAGUUAAAAAUAACUUUAUUUGAUUUUACAUUGAAUGAAUCUUGGACUUUUUAAAGUAAGGAAUCAUUUCAACACAGGUUAUAUUUGAUUUGUCCUCUCUUAACCCUCCAUAUAAUUGAGCAAAUAAAACAUUGGCUAAGCCAAUCACGGACUACACUGCUAUUCUCCGGCACUGUUCGAGAAUAACAGUAGCGCUGUCGUUUGCAACAAAAACAUUGAAAAGAGGAGAAAUCAUUAUUCGGGGUUGGUCACGUUUUUCAGGUGCAAUUCAUAAACUAAGAAGAAUAGGCUAGGAGUGUGAGGUGAUUUAUUUAACCAGCGCAAGGAACCAUCUGGUGAUUGCAUCGGCAAGUUUACACUCCUGCGUGCGCGUACGUACUAUCCCUAAACUCCUGUGGAAGGGAGGAGUAGAAGGUGUAGCAGCACAGUUGCAGUGGCCCUCUGAUAAAUGUCCACCUGCGCUGAAGUUUUUAUGGGUCUUUCUCUUCAGCCAAAGCUGCUGUAUGAGGCAGAUCUUCCAGCGUGGAUCAUAGCAACUUGUCAACUCUAACAGAGCUGCCCCAAGUCCACUCCCCAGCCAUCUGACAGACCCAACACACAUCAAAGCUCAGCUCAGUCCAACCCAACCCCUUUGACUCAUACCAUUGGGCCAUGGAGGAUUAUGACGUGCGCUCGGCCGCCAGUAUCCUGGCCUCGGUGAAAGAGCAGGAGGCACGCUUCGAGCGUCUGACCCGGGCCCUGGAGGAGGAGCGACGCAACGUCUCCCUGCAGCUGGAGCGUUCCAAUGUACCCCCCGACAGGUUGGGAGGGACUGGGCCUAGCGCUAACCUGCCACCCAACAGCCAACCCCUGGCCUGGCAGCAGGUGGUGAUGCAGGAGCAGAGCCCCAGUAACCAGACGUCUCUGGCCAUGAUGCAGGAGCCCCAGGAGAUGGUGGAGGAGACGGUCACCAUCGAGGAGGACCCUGGCACGCCCACCUCCCAUGUGUCCGUUGUCACCUCCGACGACGGCACCACACGACGCACAGAAACCAAGGAUAUGUCAACUAACCUGAAGGUGACCAAGGUGAUCAAAACCAUCACCCGCCGCAGGUACCUGCCAGUGACGGUCACAGAGACCCUGGUGGUGCCAGGAGGUUCCAUCACCCCGCAGUCCAAACCCAGCACCCCGGUGCCCACCCCUUCUCCCACCCCCUCCCCAUCAGAGACAGACCCAGUGACUAAGAUGGUGAAGACGGUGACCACGCGGACGGUUCGCCAGGUGCCCCUGGGCCCCGACGGCCUGCCCCUGCCUGAGGGCUCGUCCCCGCUGGGCAGCUACACAGACUCCAUCGACCGGCGCUACCUGAAGAAUGGCGAGCGCUACAUCACCACGCCGCAGGCCACCUCCACACUCACACGCUCCUACAACAACUACAACGACUCCUACAGCGACGCACUCCCCCCCGACGCUGGUGGGAGUCAGUAUGGUGGGCGCCACUACGGCCUCCAUGACGGCUACGGCAUUGGAGACGCAACGGACAACUACGGCAGCCUGUCCCGCGGAGUCAACUUCCGGCCACCCCGCUACCCCUACGCUAUGGCUAACAGCUAUCGGCCAGAGAACAGCUACGGGACCCUACCCAUCCGGAAGGAUGACUAUGGCCACGUGGCCCAGCCCCAGGUCCCCAUGGGCAGCAGCAGUGUGGACCUGAACCGUUCGCAGCCAGAACGCUUCCAGCCAGAGCCCUACGGACUGGAGGAUGACCGCCGCAGCCUGGGCCCCGAGGAGGAGGAGCCCUAUGACCUGGAGCCUGACUACUCCACUGCUAGCCGGCGCCAAGGCACGCUGCCAGGCACCAACCGCGGCAGAACCAUGAGAGAGCCGCUCCGCGACGGGCCACGCAUCAGGGGUUACGAGGAUCCCAUCGAGGCGGAGAUGAUUGACGAGCGACACCCCUACAUCCAUGGCAUGUACCCGGCCCCCCUGGCCCAGCCCGAGAGGGGGAGCAUGGCCAGCCUGGACCGCCUGGCUGGCCGCCGCUCACCCUCCAUCGACAGCAUCCGCAAGGACCCGCGUUGGCGUGACCCCGAUCUGCAAGAGGUCAUAGCCAUGCUGGGCCACCCCAUCGACCCGGUCAAGUCUAACGCCGCCGCGUAUCUGCAGCACCUGUGCUACGAAAACGACAAGAUCAAGAAAGAUGUGCGCCAGCUGAAGGGGAUCCCGGUGCUGGCAAGCCUGCUGGACCAUCCCAAGGCUGAGGUCCACCGCAAGGCCUGCGGAGCCCUGAGAAACAUCUCCUACGGCAAGGACCACGACAACAAGGUGGCCAUCAAGAACUGUGACGGUAUCCCCGCCCUUGUCCGCCUGCUGAGGAAGACCAACGACAUGGAGGUCCGCGAGCUCAUCACAGGGACCCUGUGGAACCUGUCUUCCUUUGAGCCUCUGAAGAUGGUGAUUAUAAACCACGGACUGCAGACUUUGACCAACGAGGUCAUCAUCCCCCACUCAGGCUGGGAGCAUGAGCCCAACGAGGACUCCAAACCUCGUGACGCAGAGUGGACCACCGUCUUCAAGAACACAUCAGGAUGUCUGAGGAAUGUGAGUUCGGACGGGGCAGAGGCAAGGCGCAGACUAAGGGAGUGUGAGGGGCUUGUGGAUGCUCUGCUGCACGCCUUGCAGUCAGCUGUGGGUAAGAAAGACAUGGACAACAAGUCUGUGGAGAACUGUGUGUGUAUCAUGAGGAACCUGUCUUACCAUGUUCACAAAGAGAUCCCAGGGGCCGAGAAGUUCACAGACCCGUCCGUUCUGCAGGCCCCGGGCUCUGCGGGCCCUCAGAGGAAGAAGAAGGAUGACGCAGGCUGCUUUGGAGGGAAGAAGGCCAAAGAGGAAUGGUUUAAUCAAGCCAGAAAAAACGGCGAGAAUGACAAAAACUACGAUACGCUGGAUCUACCCAAGCGCACAGAACCCACAAAAGGUUUUGAGCUGCUGUACCAACCGGAAGUGGUGAGGCUGUACCUGUCUCUGCUAACUGAGAGUCAGAACUACAACACUCUGGAGGCUGCCGCAGGGGCCCUGCAGAACCUCAGCGCCGGACAGUGGACCUGGUCCAACUACAUCCGUGCCACAGUGAGGAAGGAGAAGGGUCUUCCCAUCCUGGUGGAGCUGCUGCGUUCUGACUCUGACAAGGUGGUCCGAGCCGUGGCCAUCGCCCUGCGCAACCUCUCCAUCGACCGCCGCAACAAAGACCUGAUCGGGAGCUAUGCCAUGAGGGACCUGGUGAGUAACCUGCCCAGUGGUCAGCAGCGGCCAGCCAAGAACCUGGAGGAAGACACGGUGGUGGCCAUCCUCAACACCAUCCACGAGAUCGUGACGGACAGCUCUGAGAACGCACGCUCCCUCAUCCAGGCCCAGGCCAUUGAGAAACUGGUGGCCAUCAACAAGACAAGCCAAUCACCACGUGAGGACAAGGCCGCCUCCCACGUGCUGCAGACGGUGUGGAGCUACAAGGACCUGAGGAACGCCCUGACCAAGGAAGGAUGGAACAAGAGCCACUUCCAGCCUACAGCGACCGGCGCCCCUAAAGCAGCCAAGAAUGGCAAGCCAGGCUAUGACGACACCACUCUUCCCCUGAUGGAGAAGAACCAAGGUCAGUCUGUGAUGGCAGGCGAGACUGGGGAUCCUCCGGGCCUGGCCUACUGUGGUGAACUGAGCACCAAGAAAAAUGGAAGUGGUGAUAUGAUACCUAUGGACGAGCUUGGUCCAGAUGGCUACUCCACCAUCGACCAGAGAGACAAAGACUGCAAGUACAAGAGUAGUGGAGACGGGUCAGUGGACCUGUCAGAACGCGAGCCAUUAAAGAAUGACACAAAUAGGAAACACUAUGUCAGGAGUAACAGGCCUGCAGUCAAACUGGUGGAUGCUUGUGACGUUAAACCUCAGCCUGUUGACUCCUGGGUCUAAAUGCAUGCAUGGCUUAAAUAACGACAGCGUAACAUCUAAACUAGAGGAUCUCCCAUGUCAUCACUGCCAUAACACAUGGAACUCAUUUUGAUGUUGACUCGUCAGCAGAUAGACUUUGUAAAAGAAACAAUCAUCCAACAACCAAUGUUUCAUGCUUUUGAAUCAGCAAAUGAAAUUAUGUAUAAAAAAAGAAAGAAAAGAAAAUCUAAAAACGACUACUUGUCAUAUCUACAUUCCCCACUGGAUGGACAGGUAUAGGGUACCCUAACAACAAGGACUGACUGGAGCAGCACUGCAUGGUGUCAGGAUGUAGGUAUAGGGUACCCUAACAACAAGGACUGACUGGAGCAGCACUGCAUGGUGUCAGGAUGUAGGUAUAGGGUACCCUAACAACAAGGACUGACUGGAGCAGCACUGCAUGGUGUCAGGAUGUAGGUAUAGGGUACCCUAACAGCAAGGACUGACUGGAGCAGCACUGCAUGGUGUCAGGAUGUAGGUAUAGGGUACCCUAACAGCAAGGACUCUGACUGGAGCAGCACUGCAUGGUGUCAGGAUGGAAGAGGGGAAGUAGUCAUUGUCAUAGAGAUACAAGUAUUCUAGAGCUCUAUCUCUAUGGCAAUGUAUGGAGGACUGGUGGUGGGGGAGAGAAGGUGAUGAGAAGGUGAUGUUUGUUGGGAGGAAAGGAAGUGUGUUGGAAAGGAAAGGAGACAGUUUGCUUCUAAUAGUAUUUUUUUCUAUGUUACAAUUUAGCCUUUUGUUUAGGUUUUGUUUUUGUUGGUUUGUCUUUCGUCGAGGCACAGUAAAUUGUUUUUGUUUGUAAUAUCAUUUUUUAUUUUUGUUUUUUUGCUGGUCUUUGUUUUUGUUUGGGUUUCCCGGAUUGAAGAAGUGUGGACUGGUGUGGUAGAUGAAGGUUGGGUUGGUUUGAAGGACUUGAUGCUCGAAGAGCACUUAAAGGAACUGUAUACCUGCAAGUGUUGAUUGGACUUAAGGAAGUGAAAUGACGUGCAUUUGGUUGGGUUACUUAUAGCUGUUGAGCGAAACAAAAUGAAAAUAUAUUUUCAGUAUCGACACAGACUAGAGGUAUGUGUUUGCCGACGAUAUAUGAAUUGCUUGGUUGGUUGCAGUUUGUCAUUGAUAUGUAUUAAAGUUGAAGAGGAUAUAAGACAUUUUGUUUAUAAAUGGAUUGUGUUAAUUAAUGAAGGAAUGGAAAGUACAUGCUCCUGGUGUCAAAGGGUAGAAUCUAAAAGCAUUUUAUAUUUUUUGUUGGUUUUAUAAAUGUAUAUUAGGGUCAAAGAAAAACAAAAAGAGAACAGAGAAAACAAUAGACAACUCUUAGUUGUGUACUCAUAAUAGGUUGUUUGGGAAGCACAUUCAUUGGAUAAAAUAUCAUGUUUGUAAACAGAAAUAACCACAUCAUUUAAGUGUCAAAUCUGUAGUCAUGCUGAUCACAUGUUUAUAUUUUGUACUGUCGAGAAAACAAAACAAAACAUGAAGAGCUGUUAUUCAGCUUUCUUUUUAAAGGCGAGUUGAACUGAUGACCUGGUCUCCAAAUCUUUCAAGGAGAUGAAUAGAGGGAGGGAGGGGAUGGUUCAGCAGGGAUCCCUCAAGAGAUAAGACUGAGAGAAAAGAGGGAUGGAUGGGUGGAUACAGCAGCAGGGAUAGACAGAAGAUGUUAGACAGAAGUGUUACAAUUCCCUUCACAUUUCACACUGCAAUUUAUAUGAAGUCGCUGAGAACCUGAAAACAUGCUUUGAUUUCACUAAUGCAUCUUUAAAGAACUAUUUGAAACAAGCAUGAAAAAAUGUACAAAUGUUUAUAUUAUAUUAUUUUUAAGUGCCAGUUUUUGUGGUGUAAUUGGAUAUUAGUCAUUUAUAUCCGGAGAGGAGAGCAGUUUUCCUGUGGUUCAAGGCAGAAUUUGCAUCACGUAUGAAGUAUACAACAUCUGUUUGAUUAUUAUAUUUUUUGUGCCCUCUUCUAGGGGCAGUUGAAAUGUAGUAGUGCAGAUGAUUACGUCAUUGUCUUUUAAAAAGAGACGAGAAUAAAGGCUGAACUACACAUGUGGUUAAAGGUUUAGUAGUGGUUUUGUGAUUGUUUUAUCUCCAUCUCCAAGUGGACUCUCCACUAUGAACCUAUUCUGGGACUGGUGAGGGGACCCUCCACUAUUGGACAGCUUAACUCAUGCGUCAGCUAUAGGCAAAUGGCAUGUGCCUGCGUUGAAUGCCGAAUUUCUUUGUGAUGUGACUUUAUAAACUUGCAUAUUUUACACAGUGUUUACAAAGACUUAUGUGAUAUAAUAAAAAUGUAAAGUACAUGUAUUAAUAAACAUUUGAUUUCAGAGAAAAGCAUUGUAAUAAUAGCCCCACGUUAACGUCCUCCAUGUCCACAUACGUCCUCAAAACUGUGUGCUUUUCAUUGGAUUGUUCAUCUUUGACUGUCUAUUCCUGACUGCAUUUUGUAGUACCCAACCAGAGGACCUGGUGUUGUAUUUCUAUACAAAUGAGUCCAUGGGCUUGUUUGUGGACUGUGCUAACUGUGCUGUGAAAGAAAUGCAAGAAAAUGGGGCAGAAAUUGAAUCAAAUGAGCAAGACCUACCUGUGUAGAUAUCACUGAUUCAAACUCUUCAAAAUAAAGUAACUGUACUGCUCAGUAGCAAAUGUGUUUGUAACUAUCAUGUGCCUUAACAUUUUCCAUGGUACAUAAAGAUAUCAUUGUGUUUUAUAUAACUCUUUAUCCCUCCGCCGUUCCUUCUUCCUCCUCAUCCCCUUAUACCUCUCCUUUUCUCAUCUGUCAGCCUCCCUCCCUACAGUAUAUCUCUCCCCUUAUACCUCUCCUUUUCUCCUCUGUCAGCCUCCCUCCCUACAGUAUAUCUCUCCCCUUAUACCUCUCCUUUUCUCCUCUGUCAGCCUCCCUCCCUACAGUAUAUCUCUCCCCUUAUACCUCUCCUUUUCUCUUCUGUCAGCCUCCAUACAGUACAUCUCUCCCCUUAUACCUCUCCUUUUCUCUUCUGUCAGCCUCCCUCCCUACAGUAUAUCUCUCCCCUUCCCCUUCAUUUUACACACUCACACAUUCACCCACUCUGUCCUCAGUGUAGACUAGACUGUUGGUGGGUUUUUGCUUUGUAUUACAUUAUAUUAUAAACUUUUAAAAGAUAGAGACAUAAAACAUGGUUUGAGUUCAUAGAAGAGUACAUUAAUGCUUUCGUAGCUAUCAGAGCGAUGCCACAGUGACAGAAUGUAUUAUGUUGAUUUUACUAAUACCCAGAGGCAAGUGUUACGCUUGUUCAAAUAACAUAAAAAAUACUGAUUUGUAGAGUAUCAAUUUGGUGUGUUUUCAAUAAACCAUGCCUGGAAAGAA